AUGCCCUUUUUUCUACAAAACGAACGGUGGUUGUCUGGGCCAGCUUUCCUUUUACAGCCGGAAGAAAAAUGGCCGAAGACCCAGCUACAACAUGUCCCAGAAACUUCACUCGAAUUGAAGAAAGAAGUAUAUGUCAUUGAAGUUAGCCAUGUGAAGUCCUUGGAUGAACUUAUCAAAAGUACCUCAUGCUGGCUGAAAUGUUUACGGAAGAUCGCAUGGCUCCAGAAGUUUGUUAAAUGGAUCGAAUGCAAGAAAAGGAAACCUCAGUCACGAGACGUAAAACGGAUCACAUUAAAAGACCUCGAAGAUGCGAGACGUAAAGUGAUCAAGCUCGUUCAAAGGCAAGCCUUUAAGGAAGAAAUAACGAGGUUAGUAAAGAGUCUGACGGUCAAGGGCAGUAGGCUGGCAAGUUUAAAACCGAUCCUGGACGAAGAAGCCAUCAUACGAGUCGGGGGAAGAAUAUCAAAGGCACCAAUUUCCCGAGAUGCCGCAAACCCAAUGAUAUUGCCAAGGAAGCACCAUGUGACUGAGAUCUAUAUUCGUUUUUUGCACGAACAGAACGGUCAUUGCGGGCAUGAACAAGUUCUGGCGCUAUCAAGAGAAUUCUGUUGGAUCCUGAAAGCACGUGCGGCGAUAAGAGAAGUUUUAAACGGAUGUAUCAAAUGCAAACGACGAACUGUAGUAAGACAGGACCAAGAGAUGGCCGAACUGCCUAAGGCUCGACUCACUCCAUACGAACCAGCCUUUACCUAUUCAGGAGUGGACUACUUUGGCCCCUUUUUUGUUAAGCGUGGAAGAGGAAAAACGACCGAAAAACGAUGGGGAGUGAUAUUCACCUGCAUGAACAGCAGAGCAGUUCAUCUAGAAGUAGCGAGGUCGCUAGAAGCCGACGAUUUCAUUUUAGUCUUGGUUCGAUUUUUAAAUCGAAGAGGACACGUGAAAGAAAUGCGUUCUGACAACGGAACACACUUCGUCGGCGCCGAGCGUGAAGUCCGAGAAGCUAUCCAGCAGCUGGACGAAACGAAGAUUAAUAACGAGUUAUCUAAGAGAGGAUGUAAAUGGGUUUUUCAUCCACCAGGAGCCUCGCACAUGUCCGGUGUAUGGGAAAGACUGGUUCGAACUGUGAAAAGAAGCUUGAAAGCUAUAGUCGGGAAAGAUCUAGUAAACGAGGAAGUUCUGCAGACGGUUUUUACUGAAGCUGAACGUAUUGCGAACGCACGACCGCUCACCCGGAAUCCACUAAGCCCAAACGACGAUGAACCCCUUACGCCAAACCAUUUCCUUAACGUUCGUCUAGCGAUUUACCUACCCCCCGAGAUUAUUUCCGAGAAUGACAAAUAUAGUAAGAAGAAAUGGAGACGAGCGCAACUACUUGCAAAUCAUUAUUGGAGAAGAUGGCUGCGGGAAUAUAUACCAACAUUACAAGAGAGAAAGAAAUGGAAUGAGCCCAAGAGAAAUUUGCAAGUUGAUGACCUGGUAUUUAUUGCGGAUGAUAAUGUACCCAGAAAUACGUGGCCAAUGGGAAGGAUCGUAGACGUAUUCCCUGGUCCGGAUGGACGAGUAAGGACAAUUGACGUAAGAUCAAAAAACUCGGUAUACAGACGUCCGGUCGCGAAAGUUUGCUUACUAGAAGCUGCUGAUGAUCAAGAUAUGUAA